UUCGUAAACUUAAGAGUGAAACUUUCUCAAGAAAUUUUCUAAUUAGUGAAAAUCUCUCCACCAAAAAUUGUUCAAAACGUUAAAAAGUACGUAAUUCUUCUAACUGUUAACGAAUGGUGGCAAUACUUCACAGUUAGUUUUUAUCUCACGAACUCUUUCGAAUUUAAAUGAAAUUUCCAAAAUCCAACAACAAUCUCUUAUUAACCUUUAUAGCCAUAACUUCGCGUAUGUUUUCUCUGCAGUCUCCGUUUGUAGCAAAGAAGAUCGGUAAAACAUGCGAAUAUGAAAGAAUAUGCCUUGCUGCCUAAGGCUUCAUCAACAAGCAAACAUUUCAUUUUAUGCUGACCUGAAAUGAACCGUGUUUAAAGAAAAUACAAAAAUACCAUAACUUAUUGCCUUCCGAGAGCUUUUAAGACCGCAACGGAUUUUAGUUAAACUAGCAUUCUUAAGCAUUUACAGCUCAGUUUGUGAGAAGCUUUCAAACGACCAUCAUCUGUAAAGUGUGUACGAGGAGAGCCAAGCAAACCAAGUCUCGUUUUUAUACAAAGUUGGCCGAGCACAUUUGUUUAUGUAACCUUUAGCCAAUCAGCUAGAGUGCCAUAGUGACUAUCAACGAAUACCAUACCAAGUGACCUUGCGCCGCCUUUACAACUUUGUUACAACACUGAAAAGACCGGCAACUUGCAGCGAUGUCAUUGACCUUUAGUAAACGCUCAAACACACCAACACAGAAAUCAGUUCGACUCAAAGCAACAGCAGUUAGUCGAACCUCUUCGUUUGCGUUGUUUCUUUUCAUGCUAACAACUUUGUUGAUCUUCGCUUUCGGUUCAGCAGCGGCGCAAACCACUACAACAACGAUGAACGAUCAAUAUCUAAUGGUUGAGUAUUUGAAUACCCAGGCGGUAUUAACGGACACACUCCGGCGAUAUAUCGAAGCGCUGCAGCAGAAAAUCGGUUUUAUAAAGAGCAAAACAAACGAAAUCAAAGCCAUCAACGAUGUGGCCGCCGCUGACAUGCACAAAUAUGUGAGUAAUCCUCUGAAUGCGUUGACCAUUCUGAAGCGCGUCACUUCCGACUGGCAGAUGCUGCGGCAAUAUGCUCACAAUAUUGACAGCACAACAGAAAUCGUUAAAAAUCUGACAAUUACCAGGAAGUCAUUGAAAUUCCCGAGCGAAAGUGACUUCGAUGAGGCAGCCCUUAACCUGCUGCGCAUUCAGGGCGUCUACCAACUGGAGCCAGAGCGUUUGGCUGUGGGUGAGGUGAACGGCAUAAAGUUAGGCGCAGCCAUGUCCUGGAGCGAUUGUCUGGAAAUCGGUCGUAAAUCAGUGAAAAAUGGCGACUUUGUGAUUGCGAAAUUUUGGAUGGAAGUGGCGCUAGGGAAGCUGCCUGCUGUGGCUGGCGCGUCAAUAGCGGCGGCAAAUGCCACAGAAGGCAUGUCCUCCACUGAGGGGCUCAGUGCAGAGGUGAGGAAUGCGCGCUUGCAGAUUAUGGAAGCGCUGGCUAUAAUCGAAUCCAAUAUGGGUAACCUGGAUAGCGCUCUCGACAUCAUCAACACACUAUUGAAGAAACAUCCAAAAAAUAAAAAUCUGCUUAAAACUAAGGCACGAGUGGAAAAAAAAUUUAAAAAGCCCAAGAAAAAUUCCAAAAAAGCUUCAAAGCAGAGCAAAGAAAAUAAAGCGCAAAGUGGCAAAUCUGUUGAAGAAUUGCUGAUUGGAGAGAUUUGUCGUGCGGCAACAAACAUUGACGCCGCCAGCAGCAGCGGCGCAUUUAGCAACAGCGCAGCAGAUUGUCGCCUGAUUUACGGUAAUCUGCCUGAGCUGCUGCUGCAACCACUCCAAGUGGAGCUCCUAAGCUUGGAUCCAUACAUCGCCAUAUAUCACAACGUGUUGAGCGCUCAGGAAAUCAGCGACUUGCAACAGAUUAUCGCCGAUGCGGAUGAUGGCGAUGAGGCAGCUGUAGCAAAGCUACUAAAGCACAAGAGCACCACGGAGCGCCUACAAUUGGCUACAGGGCAUGCAGGACGCAAGUGGGGCGCUUGGCAAAUGGAGCGUUGGACGUUCGAAGAAGACGUACAUACAGAUGCGCUGCUGCCAGCGACAACCGAAAUCAUGGCGAAUGUUCUGUUCAAUCUGCAAACAGCCAAGUUGGGUGGCGCUAUUGUCUUUCCGCAGUUGGAAUUGGGCAUCACGCUGCCGACGAAUGCCUUGCUUUAUUGGACGCAGCUGAAUGAGUACCAUGAAUACGAUUAUCGCAGCAAGCAGCAUGUCUGUCCGGUGAUUGUCGGCACACAACUCACGGCGUAUACCAGCAUCCAAGCCUAAGUCAAACGCCCGUAUGUACUUGCAUUCGUUUGUGCCCCGCAGCAAAUCCCAAUAGUGCUGCACUGAUCCCCUUCUAGUUCAAUUUGCAUAUGGA